GGAAUCUCGACGAAAGUCAUCAGUUGGAAACUGUCGCUCCAGUAUGUGGGGAAGAGACGCCAAGUUUGAGGUGAAAGAAAGAGUCCAGUGACAAAGAAACUCCUUAGGGUUUUAGGGGCAGUCCGAGAGCGAGUGCAUUAUCGGAGGAGUGAGUGCUUCAAGUGGGCACUGGGAGCAAAUGGAGCGAGCCAUGGUGAAGGGGAGCGUGUUGGUGCAGCGAGGAUGGCGAGCUUGGAUGGGCGCUGGAAUGCAGCUCCGUGAAAAAUCUACUCUAGCUUACGACGAGCUGGUGGUCGAGGGUAAUGGGACGGGAGAGAUGAAGACGGCGAUGGUGGUGCAUGGGCUGAUGGGUUCGGGUCGCAAUUGGAGAACUUUUUCCAAGCGCCUGGCUACCGGGAUGCUUAAUUCCACUCCUGGAUCUGCUGGGUGGCGCAUGGUUCUUAUUGAUCUUCGAAAUCAUGGCAAUUCGGCGAAUCUGCCCAUCUUGAGGCCCCCGCACAACAUUUCUGCUGCUGCUAGGGAUGUUGCCGACCUCAUUAAAAGUGAGAGUUGGGAUGCACCAGACGCUAUGAUCGCCCAUUCCCUCGGAGGCAAGGUUGUACUUGAAUUUGCGCAAAAGGCUGCAAUGGGAUCCUAUGGAGUCGUGAACCCUCCAAAACAGCUAUGGAUUCUGGAUUCCGUGCCAGGCGAGGUGCCCACACAGAAUUCAGAUGGUGAGGUGGAGCGAGUAUUAGCCAUCUUGAAGGGCUUGCCUAAGCCGAUUCCCUCCCGCAGAUGGCUUGCAGACUAUUUUGUAGAGAAGGGUUUUUCAAAAGGGCUUGCUGACUGGUUAGGAAGCAAUCUGAAGCGCGUCAGCUCCACGACAGAGGAGAUGGAUUGGGUCUUCAACGUCGAUGGGGCCUACGAUAUGUUUUCUUCAUACAAGAAAGCCGAUUAUUGGUCCGUGUUGGAUCAUCCACCUGUGGGAACGCACAUUAACAUCGUCCGUGCUGCAAAGAGUGACCGCUGGACACCGGAUAUAAUUGCACGUUUGAAAGAGGCUGAAGCAAAAAAAUCAGACCAUGUCUCUUUUCAUUUACUCGAGAAUGCAGGACAUUGGCUUCACACAGACAACCCAAGUGGGUUGAUUGCCAUCAUGGCGCCUAUCCUGGCGAAGAUCUCUCAAAAGUAGCUCUCAACACGGCAAAAUGUCUUGAGUUAAAAGUAUGAACAAGGUGUAAGACUUGGCCUAUUUUUAUUUGGAAAUACUCCUUUUACUGUUUUAUUUC